AUGCUUUGUUUAUUCGUACUCUUCCAUAGAUAUACCAUUGAUAAAUUAGGAUAUUACACAAAAGCUCUAGAUAAAGAAGGUUCGUUUUUUGAUUUUUCAUUAACACCCAAAGAAUCUGCUAGUUACUAUUUGGUUUUCGAUGAUUCACAUUUCCUAUAUAUUAACGAAGAGAGAACUUAUUCGCAAGUAUUUCCAGUUUCCAAUGAAUCAAUUCGUAUCCUCGCUGGAGACAGUAUUCAAUUUACAGUUGUUUGCAUACCUAAUAGUUGUAACUCAAUGGAGUUUAUUAAUCAAAAAUCAGGUGUUACAUUCGAUUUCGAUUAUUCUCAGAAAAAGUAUAGACUUAACAAGAAUUACUGCAUAGUUUUAUUAUCCAUCCAUUCAAUACAAAUCUCAUUGGAAUCAUAUCCAAAUGAUAUCGAAGUCGGUUAUUCUUCAUAUGAUUUAACAAAUCCAACAUUAUUAACAAACAAUUAUUAUUCACAAUGGUUUGUAGGCAGCCAACCACUAUGCAUUUCAAUAAAAGCUCAAACCAAAAAUGCAACUGCAAAAUUAAAAGUUCAAUUCUCAUUCCCUUUAAUACCAUACAGCAUUUACAACAGUCUGAAACUUAACUAUUUUGCUUCAACACCAAUAGAUCUUAAACAGCUACCAAAAGUCAAGAAUUAUGGAAUCCAUAGUUUAUUACUUGACAGAAACUCUGUAACAACUGAGAUCUUUGAAUACUCAUACAUAGUAUUUACAGAUCAUACCAAUAUUUAUGGUUUUGCUGCUACAUCUAAUUCAUAUUUAGAAAUCCUUGGUAAAACAUCAAUCACAGCCAUUUAUUUCAACACUUCAGGUACAAUUUCACUUCAUUCAGCUAGUACUAAUCCAAUUCCAUGCAAUUUUAUAAUUUAUAAUUUCAGAGAAAUCUCAUGUGAUUCAAUUAUCACACUUGUAAGACAUAACUACAGUUUAACUACUUAUGGGUACAAUUACACUUGCGUUGCUUUCGCAUUUAUAAAUGGAACGGUUCGCUUUAGACCUAAUGACGGAUUAAACAAACCUAAUGUUAUCAGAUUUUCUACAGCAGAUCGAUAUGAAUUUGAGUUUUAUUUAUCUGAAGAUAAAAGUUUAGAAUCAUAUGCUAUAAUUAAUGGCAGACAAUCAAGUCACAAAGCAUAUUACAUCACAAACGAAUCAUAUUCAGAAUUAAAUUCAAUGGAACCAAUUGAUCCAACUGAGAAAUCUUAUAAAUAUGGCCUACCUAUUGAAUUAAUUAUUGGAAUCACAGUUGGAAUAAGUCUUCUGAUUGGUGCUAUUAUAAUAUCUGUUGCCUGUUGCAGGACAUCAAAGAAAAAGAAGGAUGGAUCUCUUGAAGUUAGUCUUGUCGAGAAAAGUGAUGCUAAUGCAAUGCCAUUAGAAGUUGCUUGUAAUACUCCUGCGUCACAAGAUUAUAACCCACAACAACAAUACAAUACAAAUAAUGAUAAUCCUUAUCAAUAA